AUGACCUCUUCUAUCUCUGCGUCAAAGCGGCUCAGGCAAGAGCUGAAGGCUGCUAUCAAGGAAGGGGAAAAUGAAACAUACCUGUACCUCCGAACGGUCGAUUCAGACGACCUACUACACUGGGAAGCUGUAUUGAAGGGUCCAAAAGAAUCACUAUACGAAGGUGGACUUUGGCACCUCAGUAUUGAAGUCCCGGAAAAUUACCCUAUUGCGCCGCCGAUCAUCCGCUUCACGACGAAGAUUGUGCACCCGAAUAUCGACUUCAACACGGGCAAGAUCUGUUUGCCGCUCUUGGAUGACGGAUGGAGGCCGGCUGUGACUCUCGAGACCACACUAAAGGCUAUUCAGUGGCUGCUGAGCGAUCCGAAUCCAGAUUCCCCGCUAAAUGUUGACAUCGCGGUUCUACUACGCAACGAGGAUAUUGCGGGCUGGGAGAGUGUUACCCGGUACUGGAUGGAGGAGGAGCAGUGGAAUGAACGUCAGAAUCUUGUACGAUGA